CAGCUGCAAAGUGAAGCUACGGCCGUGCGUGAACGAGACUUGGCUCAGCGGUGUUUCCAGCCACCACAGGUUUGGGUCUUCCGAGAGGCGUCGGUGCAACCGGAAGCUGAUGGAUUCGUCCAAACAAGGCUCGUUUUACCUGAGAAGUACCUCAGCGCUUUCUCUCAAUGAGCGCUUCUCUCAGGUGCUGCUGGAGCAGGUGACCCGGUCCAGGAUGGUGACCUUUGACCCCGUCCUGCUGCAGCAGAGGAAUGUGUGCCGCCCCUCGCCGCCGGUGGUCUUGUUGGUGAAGGGAGAGACGCCAUCGCUGCCUGUCGUGCAGACUCGUGACUCGUCCUCGUCCGUGAGGCUGAAGCGGCGUCCGAGGAGGAGGAGGAGCGUCUGGACUCGACUCGGCUGGCAGCGGGCGACUCGCCGCCUCUCGGCCUCCAGACCCAGAGGCUUCUGGAGCUUCAGGAACAAGUACAGAUGGAGAGCUGGGUUCGCCUGCAGGCGACCAGGUCACCUGCGCCGUCGGCUCGGCCGGCGCCUCCUCCUGGCGAGGAGAAACGUCCAGAAAGUGACUGCAGGGCGAACACGGCUCAGUGGGCACCUGCAGAGGGGCGGGGCCACAGCUUACAGGAGGCGUGGCCUGAGUAGAGCUGACGCACCAACCAAGAAGCAGCUGGACGCACAGCUGGAUGACUACAUGUCCAUGUCCAAGAGCAGAUUGGACAAAGAACUGGAUGACUACAUGUCCAUGUCCAGGAGGUGUCUGGACGCUCAGCUGGACGAGUACAUGUCGAUGGCCGGACAGGUGGACCUGAAGUGGGACUGAGUCGGGGGGUGGGGGGUUUAUGAAGAUGAUAAAGAAGCUGUGACCUUAGUUUUGUCUCUCAGGGGAGUUUCAGGUGUGUUGAAGCAGGAAGUUGAGGUUUUUUUUAGCACUCUGAGGGGUUUGCUGUUUUUUGUUGUCGUCUGUUGACCUGCUCUGAUGGAGCCGCGAGUACUUCACUGUCCUCUCUGUGUGUUGGAACUUGUUUGUGUUACUGAGGCUCCACUUUUGUUCGCAGCGUUUAACAACACGUUUUAAUAAAAGCUGUUCCCUGCUCA